GAAAGCGUUGCCAUGUGUGCACAGUCUGUUCCAAAUUCCCCCCCCCCUCCCCAAAAGAAAAAAAAAAUACACAUAUAGUGGAAGCUUUGGAAAAUCUCCUAGAUUUUAUUCCCCCUGGGCGUUUGCCAUCAUUUAAUAUUUGGACUUUUACCCCGAUUAAAGUCCAAAAGGGACUCUCGGUCAAGGUGGCGGCUUGCACUUGUUCGGCUCGUCGCGAAACUUCUCUCGAGUGAACUCGGCGAAAAACUUUUCCGGAGAACAUGGCAGCGGCCAGGAUCGGGAGGCUGUCGCACGGCAGAGUCGCCCGGCUCGGUCUGACGAGAGGCCGGGGCGAAGCGUUCGCCGUUCGCGGCGGCUCCGGUGGCGGUGGCGUGGCCGGGGUGCGUUCACUGACCUCUCCCCUUCUGCCCGCUAGAGCCAUGGCCGGCUUGAGCGCCACUCGCUGCGGGCUGCCCAAGGAGAGCGUGGCCGAGAACGGAGGCUCGCCGCGGGGCAAAGUGCUGACCAUCGACACCAUGAACCCCACGGUGAAGAUGGUGGAGUACGCCGUGCGGGGGCCCAUCGUGCAGCGGGCGGUGGAGCUGGAGAAAGAACUCUCUGAGGGGAGGAAGAAGCCCUUCCAGGAGGUCAUCAAAGCCAACAUCGGGGACGCGCAUGCCAUGGGCCAGCAGCCAAUCACCUUCUUCCGCCAGGUGUUGGCGCUUUGCUCCUACCCCGAGCUGCUCAACGACCGCACGUUUCCAGAGGACGCCAAAAGUCGCGCACGCCGCAUCCUGGAGUCCUGCGGUGGCAACAGCAUGGGUUCGUACAGUGCCAGUCAAGGCAUCGACUCUGUGCGGCAAGACGUGGCCCGCUACGUCCAGCAACGGGACGGCGGCGUGCACUGCGACCCAGACAACAUUUACCUCACCACGGGGGCCAGCGAUGGCAUCGUGACCAUGCUCAAGCUGCUGGUGUGCGGCGAGGGCGCGGCCCGAACCGGGGUCAUGAUCUCCAUCCCGCAGUACCCUUUGUACUCGGCGGCCUUGGCCGAGCUGGGCGCCGUGCAGAUCAACUACUACCUCAACGAGGAGGCCUGCUGGAGCAUGGACAUCAGCGAGCUGCAGCGGGCCCUGGACGAGGCCCGGGGCCGCUGCAACCCUCGAGCCUUGUGCGUCAUCAAUCCCGGGAACCCCACAGGCCAGGUUCAGAACAGGAAGUGCAUCGAAGACGUCAUCCGAUUCGCCGCCAAGGAGCGUCUGUUCCUCAUGGCCGACGAGGUUUACCAGGAUAACGUCUAUGCCGAUGGGUGCCAAUUCCACUCUUUCAAGAAAGUGCUGUUCGAAAUGGGGCCCGAGUACUCCAACACGGUGGAACUGGCCUCCUUCCACUCCACCUCCAAAUGUUACAUGGGAGAGUGCGGCUUCCGCGGCGGCUACAUGGAGAUCAUCAACAUGGACGACGAGGUGAAAGCUCAGCUGACCAAGCUGGUUUCGGUGCGCCUAUGCCCGCCCGUUCCCGGACAGGCGCUGAUGGACCUCGUGGUCAACCCGCCGCAGCCCGGAGAGCCGUCGUACGACAAAUUCAUGAAGGAGCGUACAGCCACCCUAAGUGCCUUAGCAGACAAGGCCAAACUGACGGAGGAGGUUCUGAAUACCGUGCCUGGCAUCAGCUGCAAUCCUGUGCAGGGCGCCAUGUACUCCUUCCCUCGUAUUAGCAUUCCAGAGAAGGCUGUCAAAGAAGCUGCGGGAAAAGGACAACAGCCCGACAUGUUCUACUGCAUGAGGUUGCUGGAGGAGACGGGGAUCUGCCUCGUUCCCGGGAGCGGCUUCGGACAGAAGGACGGAACCUACCACUUCAGGAUGACCAUUCUGCCUCCCACCGACAAGCUGAAGAUCCUCCUGAGCAAAGUCAAGGAGUUCCACCAGAGGUUCACCAAGCAGUACUCCUAAGUCCCCUCCAUUUCUCAAACACACACAUUCAAUCAAGAACUUUUGGCAAAAUUCCGAUGCUCCUCCUCCUCCUUUUUUUUUUUUUUUUUUUUUUUUUAAGUGCCUUCAACGUGGACUCUUCUUUCUAUCGCACUUCCUUCCUCCACACGGACGUUAUCAAAACUAAACUUGCCUCAAAAUUGUUGCACAGCGUGGAUGGCGAGUACAGAAGAAUACGUGCCAAAGUUUUUUGGUUUUUUUUUUUAAUUAAAGAAAAAAAAAAACAAUUAAUGCUGCUUAAUGAAACAAACCACAAAGUAUUCAUUGCCGCAGGCCGUACGUGACUGAUUUGCAUGCCCAAAAUAAAUGUCGUGCUUGCUUCCUUUUGUAAUAAUAUACUAAAGGAGAAAUUGUAAUAUGACUAAGGAGCCAUUUUCUUCUCGCUGUGAACAAUAAAGAGAACACGCUGAGCACUGACAAAAAAAAAAUGGAAUGAGCGAUUCAAACAUUAAUCAGGCCUGUAUUAUACGCAAAAGUCAAUUAUGGUCAAAGUUUUCCUUUUUCCAUAAUACGUAUAAAGGUGAGGGGAGUUAGUUUCAGUGGUACUUUCAUAAUUUUAUUCCAAUAUGCUAACAAGGGAGACUCUAAGAAGCAAAUGCAACGGUAAUAAAGUUGCUUUGAAAGAGGAAACUAAGAAGAAAGAGCACUGUAAUAUUUCAACUUUAUUCUCAUAAAAUUAGGGGAAAAAAACUACAUUAUUUUGCAUGUGAAGUUGUGUUUUCCUGUAUAAUGUCUUUAAUCUUGGAAUAAGACUUGUCACAAAAUUAUAACUCUUCCCACAAAAAAAAAAUCUUAACAUUAAGUUUAUUCUCAUAAAAUUCAUUUUUGGAUCCUUUUGUCCUGUAAAAUAUUUUUUCUCCUGACA